GUUUCUUUUUAAAUUUUUUUUCUUGCCUCUUCAAAAAUAUUUACAUUUCUUCUUCAAAAUGAGGUGAGAAAAUGCUUUCGGCCUGUCAACGUGAAGGAAUUGUAUUUGUCUUUCCAUUGUAAAUUGUCACUUGUCUGGAUUGACUUGAACCUGUGGAAUAUUAAAAUGUAACAGGAAGAAGACAUUUCCAGUUUUUUUCCCCCAAAGUUUGAAUGACACGGUUUACCUUUUGCUGUAACUCCCCUCUUCCGUGACAACUUUGGAUGUGUUCGGUGAGAACGGGCUCUCUUUCCGGAGCGGAGGAGCCCACGUGAGGAUCUGAAGGUCACUCCAGAUGAAAGCGUUUCCCCGGGGCUGUUCGUCAGGUGGUCCCAGGUCAGCGGCAGGGAAUCCUGAAACAGCGAUGGCUGUUUGUGUGGGGACGUGUCCCCAUGUUAGCACAGAGGACGUGAGGUACAGGAGAGCCACGAUGGGUCAGUGUCCUGCUGAGGCAGCCAGACAUCCCUUUCCCCGGUCUUCCCCCACGUCCGGAGCCAGGUCCGUGGAUCCCCACGUCUGAGCCGGCGCCGUGCCCUGAGUGCAGAUGUGUGUCCUUUUCUCAGAAUCUUCGACUCCUUGCAGGGCGUGCGGCCGUGUUCCCUGCUGUCCUCAAACGUCUGUGGGGCAUUCUGUAGGCCCAGCACACCUGAUGGGUUCUCUGUUCCCUUCCCUUCUGUGCCCUGCUAGAACAGCAAGGCCUGUAGCCUGUGCCACUGACGUGGGCGUAGUAGCAGCUUGGAUUUCGCAAGCGUGCGUGCGGAUGGUCAGGAUGCAAGGCUCUGGGCCUCAGUGGGGUUCUGGGUCUUGACCGUGCUCCUCUGCCCCUGUAGGCCUCUCCAUCAGCACGCCCACCUGUCGCCCCCCCAGCAGUUAAAGGGCAGGACCUGACGGGCGCGUAACUCUCCUGUCUUUGCUACAGGGAGCACACGGCUCUCUGCGUUCACUUCUCCACCAGGCUGCUGGCCGGAGUUUCUUAGGAGCUUUACAGAGCCACGGGUUCCCGAUCCCUACUUCGAUAGGGGCAGGUUAAUUGGCCUAGGGGCACCCCCCCGCCCCCAGUUUAAAAAAUGAUCGCGUUUACCGAACGCUUGCGGCGUAGGAGGGUUUCGUGGGGAGCUGCGUGUUCACUCAGGACAUCCCACAGAGCUUGUGCUGCAGGGUGCCCUCAUGCACGUGGAAACAGACCCGCAGAAAGAAGAGGCGCUGUGGCCAAACACAUUCAUUUUUCUCAUUUAACAGGGCACAGAGGCUCUGAGGGGAGGAGGCAGGAUUGAGCAGGAGCCUCCUUGCCUUCCGCUUUUCUGGCUCAGGAACGGGAGAGAGGAGGAUGCCCACGUCCCAUCCUGGGCCAGGCACAGAACGUGGCAGAGCGUGCGGUAGCCGGCUUGGGGUGCCGUGAGGGAGUGCCACAGCCUGCGGGGCCAAGCAGACCUUUAUUUCUGGUGGCCGUGGAGGCUGGGAGUCUGGGACCCAGGAGUUAGCAGGGAUGGUGGUGGUGGUGGCGCUUUCUGCUGAAGCCAGUCUCCUUGGUGGUGUGUCUUCUCUCCGUUUGUGUGUCCUAGUCUCCUCUUAACGAAGACACCUGUCCUGCUGGGUUAGGACCUACCCCCGAUGACCUCCUUUUAAACGUAAUUACCCUCUUGACGGCUCCGUUUCUAAGUACGCUCGCACUCUGAGGUCCUGGGGGUCAGGUAUUCAUGUCCGCAGUGGAGGGGACACGGGCGGCUCCUCACAGCGUAAAACGCCUAACAGUCACGUAGAAUACAUGAGUCUCUGUUCCGCAGCCUUUGGGGUGGUCUUCCUACUUCCCUGCUUUCAUCAUCCUGCCUUCUUUCCUCUCCCCAUCGGCGUUUCGAAAACCUUUCCCUCUGGUCCUUAAGUGUGUACAAAUCGAAUUCUAGGGACAGAAACACUACAGCUCAGAGGUGUUCGUAUAUGAGGGAAAUGCGCUAGGAGGGCAGCUUUCGGGACCUUUCGUUUCCUUCUGAGUGAAAAUCUUCAGUGAAAUAACACACUUCUCCUUUUUCAGAUGUUGAGAAAAUGCUGCUUUCACAUUCUGACCGCAAGGAGAAUCAAUCCUCCGAUUGUCUGGGAUCCUCUGUAAACCUUCUAACCAGUUAUUCGGGGGAGGGGAGACCUUAAGCUGUCUCGUUGAGCUCAACACUGGCCUGGGAGACGCCGAGGCAGACAUGGCGGGUGACAGUUGGUGUUUUUUGUGCUGACGGUAGGUAUUCCGUAGCAGAACCAAAGUCUGUGAAGUCAUUGUCCUCAGGUCGUCCCACGCGCCUCAUGGGGUCAUGCUUCUCUCGUUUAAAAUCUUUUACAUUUCUUGUUAAUCAGAGGACAGUUACUUACUGGCCACAUGUUAUCACACAGGUUCCUUACGUGCUUUGUGCAAAACGGUGUUGGUUUCAGUGCGGGUCACGCUGCAGCGUGAGUCACACACAGUGACAUGCACUUACUCUUAGCUCUUCUGGGCUUUGAAAGAAACACAUCUUUGAGGUGGGGGUCGUGGACCGUGCAGUCCGUUCAUCUAAAGUGCACGACUCAGUGGUUUUUAACAUUCUGAUGUUUUUGUUUGUUUUGCUUUUUUUUUCUUCUCUCCUUUGUCGCUAACAUCAAUGCGGCGGCGUGAUACCCGGAGUCCAUGUUGCGCGUGACUCCAGCGGCCGUCCCUGAGUAGGGUCCCCGGUUCCUGCCUUCACAGCACUUCUUGGAGCAUUUUAAGCUGCUUCAUGCUCCGUGCUCGGCAGAGGUCGGGCGCUUGCUUGCGCGCUGUCGUUCCCGGUUUCUGGGACUCCCUUUUCCAGAGGCGGGGCACGAGUUUGUGUCCUUCCUCACCUCAGUAUUGAUGCUGACGCGCCUCCACACAGCGUCGCCCUUGACUUCUUAGCCCUGCUCCCGGCUGCGGGACCUCCGGAACCCUCGUUGUCUCCGGCGCUGUAGGGCCACCGCUCGCGAAAGGGCUUUGCUUGGCGUGCCGUGCCCGUGUGAGCCGCGCUGGUUCUGUUCGUCUCCAGGAGACGGAGGAGGCUCCCAGUCCUCUGUGAGGAAGUGGGGUCGCCCCGCGCUGGUGGAGCUCUGUUCUGUUCUGAGAGCGCAGGGGGCAGGCGAAGGGUUUACACGACCUGCCCUCCCGGGAACGGGCUCAGAGACGUGCACGUGUGCCUCCGGGCGUGAGAAAGAAGUGUGCGUUCCCCACGGGUGCAGGCAGCCUCAGGGCUGCCCCGUGCACCUGAUCGCCGCGAGGUCUGUGGGUAUUUAAGCCACCAGGGCCCUCCCACGGGAGUCCCACGGACGCGGAGAGACACGGCAUGCAGCUCUGAGAAAUGGUUCCGGUUUUGGGAAAGUGACCGUGCAUUGUUUGAUUUUGCCCCAGUGGUGUGACUCGGUCUGACGUCUCGUGAGAAUUAAUAGUGCAGGACGGUGUUCUUUGUAUGCGACGUGUGUGAGGCCGUGUUUUGUGUCUGGUGUCACGCACUUCGUGAAUUCUGUUGGCCUGCAAAUAGCUCGCCUCUGCCGCUCUGUGUCCGGGAGCGCCUCUGUGCCGGUUACUGUGAGGGAAUGUGUCCGGAGCGGUAUCGCGGGCCGCGGAGGGUCAUCGUGAUGUAGUCCGAGGCCCCCUGGACACGGUGGUGGGAGCGUCUCCGCGACCGAGAUCCGGGGAGUGGGGGGGAUGCGUGGGCGUUGAAGGCCACACCACGUGUCCCCCGGGCUCUCCUCCGAGCGUCGCUCUUGCCGUGCAGUGGCUAGAAAGGGAUCGGCUGGACGUGGGCAGCGUGGGCGCUGCUGGCUCCCGCGUCCCGCCACUAACACACGGUCGCAUCUUGCUGUUACACACUGGUGACUGGGGCACACAGGUCGUGGGAUUCUUCUGUCCUGUGAGGACGGAAGCCCACACCUUCUUGUUUUUCAGGCAGCUUGUCAGCAGGUGUUACGGUGCCGAUGGUGAGGUGGCCUGUGAAGCUGUCGCACCGUGGGCGUAGUUUUGUGUUUGGUUUGUGUUUGGCUGGGCGUUGGCCCGGAGCAGCUGCGUCGGGCGGCAGUGCCCUGUGAAGCUACGUAAGUUGCAUGUCGUAUGUGCAGGUUGCGAUCACGGGGAGCUUCCGUGAAUGUGCCCGUACGUGGCGGCCGGCAGCUUCCUGAGCUCCGCCGUCCAAUCCGAGCACUGUGAAUCCUCGUAAGGUGAGGGCGCGUCUGUCGUCGUGAUGAGUGGCCCGCCGCGGCGGAGCAUCCAACCUCCCCAGAAAGGGACCCGCGCUAACAGUGAUGGGACGUGGAGGUCAGCGACUCCUGACUGAAUUCUGGUGACAGAGACGGCAUGUUCUCGCCGUUGGCUUGAAGCAGUGGCUUUAACUUUCUCUUCUGGUGGCCGGAUGAGAGCCGUGUACGUCCGCAAAUGGAAACUGAUGUGCAGAGACUGUUCUGCAAAGAUUUUGUGUUAUUUUGAAUAUUUCCAGAACAGUUUCGAGACUAUAAGUUAACGGUUGUUUCUCUUUGGGUCUUGACACUAUUACUGAGAGGUCAGUCCACUAAUUCCUUUCAGAGUCACCAGCGACCUUUCACGUGAUCGUUCAGAACCUGGUUCCAGGAGCUGACGUUUACCAAGCUCUUACAUCAGGCAGUGCGCAGAUGUUGGGGGUGGGGGUGCCCGAGGGAUCUCGGUCGCUCCCCCGGAGGCAGCUGCUGUCCGGACAAGUCUGCGUGUGCCCAUGACAGGAACAUCCUGGCACUGCUGCUGGCGUGUCUGGAAGAACUCGGCGUUACCAGUGCAUUCGGUUCCCCCGGCCGGUGCCUCCCCGUGCUGUGUCGGCACAGAGCGGGCACCUGCUAGGUCGUUGAAUGCGUGCACAGGUGACAUGGACGGGACUAUGGUCCAUGGCUGCAUCACGAAACGCUGCGGCUCUGUCGAGGAUCCUUCAUCCCUGAUGUUUUGUCAGUGGGGGCGGCCCGUGACGAGUCCCCACAUACCGAGGCGUUCGGAGUCUUUAGGAGCCGUCGUCUUCAGGGGUUUGGGCAGCUGAGACGAAGAACCAGAAACUGGCAGAGGGUGGGGGAGGACUUAGGAGCAAGAGAACGUACUUUCUCCCAUUUUUGGAGUCCGGACGCCCAGUGUCGUGGCCCAGGCAGAUUUCGGGGUCCGCUGAUCCGGCUUCCUGGGUCACAGACCACCGUCUUCUGCUUGAGCCCUCAUGCGGCGGCAGGGGCAAGGGAGCACUCUGGGGAGCCUUUUGUACAGGCGCUGGUGCCGUUCUGAGGGCUCCGCCUCAUUAACUGAGUUUCUCUCAGAGGCCCCACGCCUGGUGCCAUUACACUGAGUGUCCGGUUUCAGCGUACGAAACUUGAGGGGACAGAAGCAUCCAGUCCAAAGAGGUGAGUCUGACGAUGACUAGCCAGGCAUUCCUGAGACAGCCUUGGCAGGCAUGAGAAAUGAACCUGGUUCUUGCACUCGCCGGUCCCGCGUGGGCUUAUGCGAACCUGAUUUGGUGGUGGUUAGCGGGGAUCAGGGUGAGGACAUGAGGACACCUCUGCAGUGUUGCUCCUGAUGCGAUCUUAAAAGACACGGGCCACUUCCUUAAGAAACGCUUGUCGAGAGUCUGGUGUAUCAGGAAAAGGUAGCUCUGGGGCGAUGCCACGCCACACGACGGAAACUUGGGUCUGUGGGAGCAUAGGACGGUCGCUUGAGCGGGACAUGGAGAUUUCUGGGAAGCUGGUGGUCACGGAGGGAGGUCGCGUGUACACUUGGAGCCGGAGCGUGAGGGCCAGCAGCUUUCCCAGGUGACUCGUCGGCGUGAAUGAGGCACGACAGAGCACACAGUGGGCUGUUACGGGGCAGUGCUGAGACACGUUGGAAGGUGAACCGGGAGCUGGGACGCUCAGGGCCAGCCGAGGUCUCGAAGGGCUGCCCUUGGAGGACAGAACGUGCUCGGUGACGAGAGGGGAGACCACCGAGGUUUUUCUUGGAUGGGGAGGAACACGUCAGAAAUUACACCCGAGAAGGAACCAUCGGAGAGGGACAUGCCCGUUAGAGUUCGCACAUGAUUAGACGGAGCCUGUGGCCUGUUCUCGUACGCUAAGAGCUAAGCGCGGUUUUUAGUCUUGGAAGAGUUGCAGCGGUCGGUGGCAGCGCACGACGUGGACCGGUGUGAUCGGCCGAGUCCGCGGUGUUUACAGUCCGUCCCUAACUGACGCAGCCUGCCGGCCCUCGGUGGAUUAUGAAGCAGAGGACAACCUAAAAACCCAUUUUUUCCCUUCGGUAAGAGGAAGCUGAGCCUGUUUGCAGAGCGAGGAUGCUCGGGUUACAGGCGCGGAGAGGCGAGAGGGGGAGGACGGGCCGCCGGACGCAGAGCCCGGCACGCGCGGGGGAGAGGACGGGACCGAGGAAGGGUGUCGGCGAGAUUGACUUCGGGAAGGGAACCAUGCUCGUUCCUCCUUCGAGGUGAUGAGAAGGAAAACGGGCGUCGGAAACGAGCCCGUCGGUGGAAGACAGGAGAGGAGAGACGGGUCCGGAGGGUUCGCGCUGGGUGUGGGGUCGCCCGUGAGCAGGGCAGAACAUGCUGGAGCUGGGGCCGUCUAGGGCAGAAUCCAGGGACACGCGGCGUUUGGACUCUGCGGGUGGGGUGUUGUGCGCCGUGCUGUUCGUCGGCACCGUCCUGCGGAUGUUCCGCUCCGAGGGUCUCGCUGGCAGCCGGUGCCGGCACGGGGACGAGUGGUGUUGGGGAAUAUUGCGGAGCGGACGAGUGAGUGCUGGACAGCUGCAUCGGCCAGUUGGGCACGGGCACUGGACCUUUCAGUUGUGCCUCUCGGCCCCGUUCGUUAGCUGCGGGCAACUCCGUGAACUGCCGCCAGGCCAGCGCUGUCUGAUGGGACUUUCUGUAGGGACCUUCUGUGCUACCCAGCACGGUGGGCCUCACGUGUGGCCGGUAAACACUUGAGAUCGGUACGGCACGGGGGAUGGAAGAACCGAGUUUUAGAUUUUCUUCACCUUUUUUUUUCAUUGUUCUAAAAUAUAUACAGGUAACAAUUUAUCUUUUCAACCCUUUUACAUCGUCAGAGUUCUGCGGCUUAGGUGCCCUCACAGUGCUGUGCAACCCUCCCCAUCAUCCGCCUCUGGAACUUUCUCCUCUUUCCACACUGAAACCUGUCCCUGCUCUGCCUCCGCCAGCCCCGGUCAUCUCUCCGUCUGUCCCUGACUGACGGCUCGGGGCGGCUUCUGGGAGGGGAGCCGUGCACUGGUGCCCGGUUUGUCCCCGUGCUGUGUUGGAGCGGGUGUCGAAAUUUCUUGCUCUUUGCGGACGCGUGAUAUUCUGCUGAGUGUAUCUGCCGCGUGGUCUCCACUCAUCCCUCGACGCACACUUGGGUUCUUUGCAGCUUUCCGCCGCUGUGAGUAAUGCUGCGGCGUGAACACGGGUGUACAUAUGCUUGGAGUUGACGUUGGUUUCCAGAGGCCGGUGGCAGUUCGUGAGGCCAAUGGGAGACGUGGGUGGCAUGGGGGGACGUUGAGCAUUGGAGGCUUGGGAAGGAACGUGAUUCUCUGUGACCAGGACCAAGCCCAAAAGAUGCCGUUUGGAGGUGGUUACUGUGUCUGAGUUCAGGGUCACAGGCGUUGGGGCCCAUGGAGGGCACAGGAUGCAGACUCGAGGACUUCAUUAACUGUUCCCCGCUGGGGAUGUUUGCGCUGUUUGAUGUCCGGCAGUCCCAUUAAUGGUUGCAACGUAAUGAUUCAUGGAGACUGGGGCUGAGACUUAAUCUGUCUGGUUUCUUGUUGUUGGUUUUCCCUCCCUCAAAGGUCGGGCCGGCAUUCGUGCUGCUCUCUCGGUUGUGAUCAUUUCAGCCUGGUUUUUGUAACUUUGCUUGCAGCAAAGUGUUGAUGGGAGGGAGGCUCCAGUUCUGUGUCUCGUAUCCGUUUCCGGGACGGUAUUUGUGUUUGUGUUUUUCUGUUUGCGGGGUGUCUCUUGUGCAGAGCCCAGAGUGCCUUUAUUUUCCGCCAGUGAGCCAGAGAUCUGCAGGACUGGCCCGCAGUAAAGAUGGUGGGGAAAGGUCGCAUGGCGUGGCGAGAAGCAGGGCCAGGACACCUGCCCUUGGCCCCAGGCCAAGGCCAGGACAGUGGCGCCGGUUCAGCCAGAGUCGCAGGGGAACACGGUGCUCAGGCACCAGGACUCUCGAGGAGUGGCUGAUUGGUGAGGGUCAAGGGGCCGAGAGACCCGGAGCAUGCAGUGACCUCUCUGACUUCUCUCCUGCGGUGUGUGUUCCAGUGGCUGCCAGGAGGAAAGGUCAGUUUUGUUUGGUGAUGAAAAGGAGUGUCUGGGCACACGUGUACUUGUUUAAUGCACGGACAUGUCCUGGUGACCUUCCCGGCAGAGGUCAUGGUAGCUCAUCAUCCUCUUCACUGUGUCAGAGCAACGCUGGGCACGUGCUCGGUGCCAGGCAGGGCGUGGGGUCCACAGGGCCGGGGGUGUGGGGCGGACGAGCACGAGCGAGAGCCAGGCCGGAGUGCACCGUACUGGAGCUGACCUGGGUGGCCCCGGGGUCCUGGGAGCGAGGCGUGCCGGAGCCUGCCAGGUCCUGCCAGCCAGGCUUCCUGAUGCCCUCGGGCCACGUUGGAAUUUGUUCUCUGGGCGGGAGAGACGCCGUCCUCUGGGGGGUGGACGCGAGCCAGAGGGCAGGGGUGAGCCGGGGAGGCCCAGCUGUGGCGCUGGCCUCUUCUCGCCUCGGAGGUGGAAAUCUUCCUGCUGCCUUCGUCCUCGGGAGUGCAGCGAACCUUUCACGGUGGUCAGACUGCGACACUUGGGCUCAUUCAGAGACGCUUGGAGCCACGGAGGGAAGUGACACCGGAGGCGAUUUCUGUUCCUUUCAAAGACGUGCUCUUCUAGAAACAGCAAACUGUUUCAUAUUAAACCAUCCAAGACCGAGUUAAUCAGAGUCUCAGUUAAUGGACUAAGCCGUGUUGUUUUUCUCACAGUUUUUAAUCAGGACGAAGUUGGGAUGGAUAUGCUCCUGCGUUCACGGGCACUUGGGUGUUCGUGGGAAAUCCUGCGACGUAGUGUCGAGCCCCAGGGAAAGUUGCUCUUCGCCGCCGCCUCUGUAGGCCUCUCUCAUUGUGCUUUAAAGGACAUCACGUGCUUUUUCUACCCGUUGAAUUCAUUGUGAGUGGGGCAUUAGUCUUUUCCCAGUUUCUAAUGUUGCUUUUUCUUCCUAGUCCCACUAAAGGCAGAAUGGACUUGUUGCUAUAGGCGCUCGCGGCAAACAAAGGGCAUUCCCUUCACCCUCGUAAAGAAGGAGCUUGGGAAGCAGGCGACAGGAGAACAAAGCAAAACCAAACAAAAGCAAAAAUGUGUUUGGUGGGAUUUAACCGUAAUUAAGUGCAUUAGCUCAAUAUUGUGGAAACAAACGAUCAGAAGGCCGGGGUGGUGCAACCCGUCCAUGCGUGGGUUCUUCAGACAUGAGAUGUGGAGCACCUCAUGUGGGAAAGUCGGGGUGUCCGGCUCGAGCUCCUGGGACUGGAGUUGGCGAUUCAGUUCUCGUUCUCUGGUGAGAGAACCAGAUUUCUGCCGCUUUGCUUGUUGGCGAGGAGCUCGCAUGCGGCCCACGGAUGGAGAGGCGCCCAGGGGUCCGUAUUGUGCGGGACCCUUGCCUUAGGAGGAAGGGAGGACAAGCCCAGAAGGUGAGGGCGGCAUUUCUUCACGGGUGAGCGUUUGUUCUCUGGGUCUGCGCCUCCGUUUAGCUGUGCGUGCGUUUAUUUUUGUGGUAGUACAUGCUGUUUAGGUCGUAGAAAAUUCUUGACAAGAGUAGCGAGGGUAUGAGAAAGUACGGGCCUCCUCUCUCUCUUCGCUGGCAGAGUGACCACGGUGGAUGGUCUGGUGGGCAUUUUUCCAGGUGUUUCAUGGGCCGUUAGAGGCACGUGUGUGUGUGUGCGUGUGCGUGUGCACGUACAUGUGCACAUAGACAUUGUGCACAGCUAGGUUACACGUGUGUGCACAUAGACAUUCUGCACAGCUAGGUUCUGAAACAGAAGACAAGCUGUAGGUACGGUGACGUGCGUGUGCGCACACACGUCUCGGACACUUUGAUUUACCAGUAGACGCUCAUCCCGGUGUAGAUCAGGUGAGUGUCCGUUAGGGUUCUUGGUGUUUGUUUUUUUCCCCCAAUUCAGUUACUUAUUUAUAAUUCUU